AUGCACCGCCGCACGCGCCGCCAUGCCCCAGUGGCGCCUGUCCAGGUUCUCAACCCCUCGGCCGAUGCGCCGCCUCUCAAAAUAACGAUGCUCGGAGCAGGGCAAGAGGUCGGCCGGAGCUGCUGCGUGAUUGAGCACAGGGGGAAGAAGGUUGUGUGCGAUGCGGGACUACAUCCUGCGCAUCCGGGGAUGGGGGCGCUGCCCUUCAUCGACGAGGUGGAUUGGAGUACGGUGGAUGCUAUACUGGUCACACAUUUCCAUGUGGACCAUGCGGCCGGAUUACCAUAUAUCAUGGAGAAGACCAACUUCCGAGAUGGGCACGGCAAGGUGUACAUGACACACGCUACGAAAGCGAUCUACGGUCUCACCAUGAUGGACACCGUCCGAAUCAACGACCAAAGCUCCGACAAUAGCGGACGGCUUUACGACGAGGCGGACGUCCAAGCUUCCUGGCAAUCCACCAUAGCGGUCGACUAUCACCAAGAUAUUGUCGUUUCCGGCGGUCUACGCUUUACGCCCUACCACGCCGGACACGUCCUCGGUGCAUCGAUGUUCCUUAUCGAAAUAGCGGGCCUCAAGAUCCUGUACACGGGCGACUACUCGCGAGAAGAAGAUAGACAUCUGGUCAUCGCGGAGAUACCACCCGUACGGCCGGACGUUCUCAUUUGCGAGAGUACCUUUGGGGUGCAUACCCUCCCCGACCGCAAAGAGAAGGAGGAGCAAUUCACAGCUCUCGUCUCUAACAUCGUCAAGCGAGGAGGCAAAUGCCUAAUGCCCAUCCCCUCUUUCGGAAACGGCCAAGAGCUCGCCCUCCUUCUCGACGAAUACUGGAACGACCACCCCGAGCUUCAAAACGUCCCCGUCUACUUUGCGUCCGGUCUCUUUCAACGCGGGAUGCGCGUCUACAAGACAUACGUCCACACCAUGAAUGCCAAUAUUCGGUCUCGGUUCGCGCGGCGCGACAACCCAUUCGACUUCAAGUAUGUCAAGUGGCUCAAGGACCGGCGGAGGCUGGAGGAACAUCGGGGUCCAGUGGUGGUCAUGGCUUCUGCGCAGUUCAUGUCGUUUGGGCUGAGUAGGGAGUUGCUGGAGGACUGGGCGGCGGAUCCGAAGAAUGGGGUGAUUGUUACGGGGUAUUCGAUUGAGGGGACCAUGGCUAGGACACUACUGGGAGAACCGGACCAUAUCGAAUCGCUACGAGGCGGCAACAUUCCCCGUCGAAUAACAGUCAAGGAGAUCUCUUUCGGCGCGCACGUCGACUAUGCCCAAAAUUCGAAAUUCAUCCAGGAGAUCGGCGCGCCACAUAUCGUCCUCGUCCAUGGUGAAGCAUCACAGAUGGGUCGUCUCCGCGCUGCCCUUCGUGACACCUACGCUACGAAAGGACAAGAGAUCAACAUCCACACGCCAAGGAAUUGCGAGCCCCUCACGCUUACGUUCCGACAAGAACGGGCCGUCAAGGCUAUCGGGACGCUCGCGGAGGAUCGUCCAGAGCAUGGCAAGCAGGUCAAGGGGAUGCUGGUGUCCAAGGACUUUUCAUACACUCUGUUGGACCCGAAGGAUCUGAAGGACUUUACGGGGCUGGGGACGAGUACGAUCACGCAGAAGCAGGCGGUGCCGAUAGGAGUGGACUGGGCGGUGAUCAGGUGGCACUUGGAGGGGAUGUAUGGAGAGGUGGAAGAGGGCAAGGAGGGAGAGAGGGAGACAUUGACUGUCAUGAAUGCUGUUCGACUCGUACAGCUUUCGAGUACAGCUGCGGAGCUUCAGUGGUCAUCGAGUACGAGUAACGACAUGAUUGCGGACUCGGCAUUGGCCGUACUGCUCAGUAUAGACGCCAGCCCAGCUACUGUCAAGUUGACCGCCAACCCACACCCACAUUCUCACUCCCAUUCGCACCCCCACUCACAUCCGUCCGAACCCUCAACCAAAGACCCACCCCUAUCCGCCGAACAUGAGCGUAUCCAACUAUUCCUCGAAGCGCACUUUGGCGCCCUCAGUCGGCCGGCCAAGGUGGCGCCCACAACAGCAGAGGAGGACGAUGCGGACCUGUACGGCGCGACAGGGGAAGAGGAGGAUGAGGACGAGGAUCUGUUGACGUUGAUCGUAGAGCUGGAUGGGGCAAAAGCGCGGGUGGAUCUAAUAUCGAUGAAGGUGGAGUCGGAAUCGGAAGAUCUGGGAAGAAGAGUAGAGGCGGUCUUGGAGAUGGCGGCGUCGACGGUCAAGCCGUUGUCGUUGACGUUCAUGGGGGGCGGGCUGGGUAGCAUGAAGGGGGAGGAGGUGUUGGUGGCUUAA